GCUUUUUGCAUAUUUGACCUGGAUGGAAGCGGAACAAUUGAUAUAGAGGAAUUAGGAGAAGUAAUGAAAUCACUUGGACUCGAGGUAACUGAAGCAGAACUCCGAGGCAUGAUGAGUCGUAUCAAAUUGGGAGAAGUAGAAGAGAUUACAGUUGUAGAGUUUGUUCAACUCAUGGCAUCGAUGCGGACACAAGGAGGGGUGGUUGAAACUGGACGGGAUAUGAUUCAGGCGUAUGGAUUAAUGGAUGUAGAUAACGACGGAUUAAUCAGUCCACAUGAUCUCAUGCAUGCAUUUGAAUGUGUUGGAGAAAAAAUAUCACUAGAGCAAGCACAGGACAUGAUCCGAGUUGCAGACCAUGACCUGGAUGGAACUUGUGAUUUUUCGGAUUUUGAGCGAAUAUUAACAGCUACAUUCGCGUAA